AUGGCGCCGAACCGCCGGUGCCAUUUGUGGCUGGUGCCUCUUGGGACAUGGCUGGUGCUUGUCCUCUCCGGAUGCUCUGAUGGUGGAACGGAUGGCCCUACCCCAGAAACCGACACCACUCAGGGAUUCUUGGGUCCAACGAGUCCAACGCCUACGGGGCCUACGACGCCUACCACAUCAACAACAACCUGGACCUUCCUUUUGCCGGAGAGAUCUCAGGCGAUGGACGCCCAGUUCCUGAUCCAGGCGACCUUCGGCCCCACACGCGCCUCCCUGGCAGAGAUCGCUGGCUUGGAUUACGACAAAUGGUUCGAGGCACAGCUCUCGCUUCCUCCGACGCUUCUGCGCAGCCGCUACCGUGCUCGUGCUAACCCACAAAUUUCCGAGGACAAGCCUGCAGGAGUGCCGCGCACCUCUUGCGAAGUUGGAUCCCGCUGGCUGCAGAAUACCUUCACUUCCGCAGACGUGGGUGCACGGGUUGUGGCCAACGGUGUGCACAUCUUCGUUGCUGGGGCCAGGCGGACAACGCUGGAUGCUUCUUACACGAAGAACUCGCUCCCAGCCCCGAUGAAUUGCUCUUCUGUUGGCCGCGAUUGGUGGAAGUGGCAUCCUCAUCGCACCUGCGAAAACCAGAUCCGAGCAUGGACCUGCAGUGGAGCUGAGGACUGGACAAAGGACAAGACUUGCCAACAGGAGUGUUUCGAUGGCGGCUAUCGGUAUGGAUCCGACGAUUGUUCACCAGGAUGGCCCAACUUCAACUUCACCGGCUAUCUUUGCUCCGUGGAGCCUGCUACAGGUGUCGGGAGCCAAAUCGAGCUCUCUGUGGAUGCAGCAUGCGAGGACAAGAUUGUGAUGCUGAAUCCCGGCUUAUACGUGCCAGGCCUGACGGACGUAGGGGGCACCUUCCAGAGUGUGCGCCCUUCGGUCAUUGCCCUCGAGCAGAGCCCCACGAAUUGUGAUUUCCAGGACUUCAUCCAAGUUGAUGGGCAGACCUUCCAACAUGAGCCUCGGCUGAAGCUGCUGGACGUGACCAACCCAGCGGAUGUUUGUGUGGCGGUCCCAAAGACCCCCAUGAAUCUGGAGGCCUGUGAAGUGCAAGCCGGCCGGGUUUGUGAUCUGGCUCGAGGAACGGACUCGACUCUUACGCUGAACAGCUCAUCUUUGCAGCUGCUCUCAGAGCACGCGAACCGGCACAUCUUCACCGUCGCCAGUCUUCCCACUUCCCUCAGUCCUUGUGGGACAUUGGCCCGGUGGAAGCUCUUGGACUGCUCGACGGACACCUGCACUCCCUCGUCCUUGCAAUCCUCGGAUACCUCACUCAUUCGGGCUGCCCUCUCCACUCAAGUGGGCGGCCUACGCGAUGUCUAUGUCAACUGCGUAGCGGUGCCUGCAGCUUCCGUGGUGGAGGUCGGGGGCGAUACCUUCCAGCACGUGCACAUUCACGAGGGCAAUGUCUACGACUUCACCGACUGGGUUUCUUCACAUCCAGGUGGCGCCACUGCGAUCACCAAGUGGAGCGACAGUGACUACAAGUUGCAGUACCCGGGAAACCACCCCAUAGAACGCUUUGAGACCCAGGUGAACAACAAGGUGUUGCAGUACAUCGGUAAGGCGGACUCGGAAGUGCGCUACUUAGACCUUCCAACGAGCGUCAAGACAGAAUCACUGGCUCUUGCACUGGCCAAUGCCUCCGACUCCCAAACCCUGUCCCUAGCAUGCCCCUCCCCGGGCGAAGUCGCCAACAGCCCGAAGCUGGGCAACAACAUGCCCUUCUAUUACCGCUUCAUCGAUUUUGCGGACCUUCGGAACGACCUGGACUUUGACCACCCGAGCGAGCACACACAUUCGGGAAGGCCACGUCUCCCGAGGAUUAGCGCUUGGAUGAAUCAGGUCGCCACGGCACCCGACCAGCUUCGACAGCGCAUGGCAUGGGCUUUGUCCCAGAUCCUGGUCAUUGGCCUUGGUGGCUUCACCUAUACGGAGCAACACGAGAUCUGGGUGAAUUAUUACGACAUCCUGGUGCGCAAUGCAUUCGGAAACUACUUGGACCUGCUACGAGAGGUGACCUUCAAUCCUCUGAUGGGCGAAUACCUCUCAUUCCUCCGAAACACGGCCUUUGAUCACGACCAGAAUUACCCUGACGAGAACUAUGCCCGCGAGGUAAUGCAGCUGUUCUCCAUUGGCACCGUCGAGCUGAAUCAGGAUGGAUCCUGGGUCCUGGAUGGUUCUGGCAACCCGGUGCCCACUUACGACAACGACGACAUCAUGACCUUCGCCAGCGUACUUACCGGUUUCGAUCGUCAGGAGUGGCGCAGCAAUAUCGAGAUGGUACCGAGCACAUCUGCCGGCAGAAACAUCAUCGAUCCGAUGAGAAUGGUGUCGCGGUGGCACGAUGCCUACCCCAAGAUGGACCUGAACGGGAACUACCUUGGCGACGGCUAUCCCUUGUGCGCGGACCUCCGCGAUGACCAGUUCCUUCGGCAAGGGGCUCGCUACGAGUUUUUUGCCCAGGAGGCCCCAAGCUCGGUCCUCCAGCUUCGCCCCGAGUCGGCGCUGUACAAGGCUCUUUGCUCGGCAGAUGGCUCUGGCUCUUGCCGAUUCUCGUCCAGUGUCGUGUUGGGCACAGAUCUGACAUGCUACCAGGAAGAGUGCCGUACUACCCAUCCACGGGUGAUCAAGGUUGGCGAGGCCUUGUACGAGUUUGUGCCGCCAGCUUGCGUGCACUUUUUCUUCUUCGAAGGCCGUAUUGCGACGGGAAGCGCCUCGAGGCGUUUCUGGCAGUCUCGGAUGAUCUGCACGAAUCCGGAGACCUUCGUGGCAGGCGCAUAUUGCUGUGAUGGUUGUUCGAAUAUCCCACCCCCUCAGUGGCUGGAACAUGGCAACUGUCAGAACCUAAGUGAUGGUUGGUUCACCACCAGCGCCUGCAAUAUUCAAGGCCCAGGAAGCUGGUGGGACAGGAACAGGUGGUGCGAACAGAGGUGCGACUCUCUCGGGCUUGGGUACGCUGGCAAUUGCACCAAGGAGUAUGAAGAGGCUCAUGUCUGUGGCUACCAUCAGGAAUUCAUGUCCUACGAGGCUGCCACCCGUCGCUGUGCCGAGGAGGGGCUGAAGAUCUGCGACCGUGGCACUAAGUUGACGACAUGUGGUUUGAACGAUGAUGAUACUGCCAGGGUGUGGACGCCGGAAGCCUGCACCACCAACGUCACGGUGGAUGAGAUCGGAAGAGUCAGCUCUCAAAGGACUGAGAAGAUGAAGAUGAAUAGGCUAAGGGUGCAGUGGACGAACGGCUCCCCGGAUGUGCAGAACUGCCCAUCCGACUGCACCAGCUUGGAGAAUUCUUGUGAAUGCCCUAUUCGAGUCGAGACCCGUGCUGUCUUCAGUAGCCUUCCAGGUGCAUCAGAGCUGUCGAAGCUGACGGUGGGUGCAUUGCCCCCGCUGGAAGCCUGCAGCCACUGCGGAGAUGUGAAAGCCUACACCGCAGACGGUACCUUUGAUGAGAAGACGAUCUUCGAGCACCAAGGCAAAUACUACCGGAACAUCGAGAGCCUUGUCUACGUGGCCGGCAAGAGCUUCCGCAAUCCACCGCGAUUUGGGCUGGAGGAAGCGGUGACUGAGCGCUCGGCCCGCUGGGAGAUUGAGAGUUUGCUGGAGCACUUGGUGAACCACCGCAACACCCCGACUUUCAUCGGGUAUCGACUCAUCCAGCGUUUCGUCACCUCGAAUCCAUCUCCUACUUACAUCUUCGACGUCGCGGAGGCUUUUAAGACGGGCACCUAUCAAGGACACACAUUCUCAGGCCGUCGUGGUGACUUGGCAGCCACAAUCGCUGCCAUCCUCCUUCACCCCGAGGCUUUGGGUGCAGCAAGUCGCCGGGGAGCAUUGCGUGAGCCACUGAUCAAGCUCGUACACUUCCUUCGGGCUAUGGAUUUCGAGGAUGCAGCAGGCCGCGAAAUCAUGUUCUUGGAGCUGCAAGAGCUGAUUGGUCAGGGGCCGUUCGGGUCCCCGUCUGUCUUCAACUUCUACCGUACGGACUUCCAGUCGAAUACCAUGCCAGCAGAUGUGGUGGCCCCGGAGGCACAGAUCAUGGACGCCAGCAACAUGGUCAACUUCCUCAACGGCAUGCUGUCCCUCAUCAAGAACAGUGGUGUGACAAACUGUGACGGAGGCUUUGGCCUCGACACGAAGACUUGUGAUCAGAAGUCGCUCAAGCACGGCCUGAACAUCACGCAGUCCAGUGCCACGCAAGUUCUUGAUGACCUUAACCUGCUGUUGACAGGUGGACGGAUGGCGAAUGCCACCAAGGAUGUGGCACGCGCCAGUUUGGAGGGCUGGGGAGAGGAGCAAAAGGUCAAGGCCGCACAGGAAGCGGUUAUCCUCGCACCUGAGUUCCACACCCUUGGGUCGCCACUUCCGGAAGGUCCUCGCAGUGACCAGACACAGACCGACACGGAGAACGUCCAGCCGCGAUCUUACAAGGCUUUGAUCAAUCUCUAUCUCAAUGGCGGGGCCGACACCUUCAACCUUCUUGUGCCACUGGAUUGCAAUCUCCACGAUGAGUACAUGGCUGUCCGAGGCCCCGCGGCGCUCUUGAACUCAGAGCUGCUAGAGAUCCAAACCACAGGGCAAGCAUGUAGCAAGUUCGGUGUGCAUCACAAACUCCCGGUGAUUCAACAGCUUUACCGGGAUGGAAAGGCCGCCUUCGUCAGCAAUGUCGGGAGCCUGGUCCAGCCCCUGAACAGGAAUGAGUACGACAACGGCCUGAAACCCGUUUGCGCUGGCCUUUUCUCCCACUCCGACCAGACAGAGGCGGCGCAAACGCUGAAGUGCCAAAUUCGGGGCUCCGCACCCAAGGGCGUCGGAGGGCGCAUGGCAGAUGCACUCUCUGCCGGGACACAGCAGUUCAGAACGGCUUCCUACUCCCUCAGCGGUCGACAGACCUGGGCGCAGGGUGUAGACAUCAACCAGAUCAGCGUGGCAAGAAGUGGUGAGGUGCCGACUCUCCAAAAUUACACAGGAAGGCGGCAGCUGCUGGAGGACCUCUCCAACACGUCUUACGGCAAUGUCUACUGCGAGGAGUAUGCCAGAAAUGUGGGAAAAUGGGUGGAUUCCAACCAAGUCUUGUCCGAGCAGCUGCAGACGGCAAACCUGAGUUCGACCUGGCCGGAAGGCAACAGUAUCCAGGAUUGGAGUAGGCGUCAGACGAUGCUGUCCUUCCAGACAGUGGCAAAGCUGAUCGCUUCGCGGGAAGCCCGCAAAGUGGAGCGAGACUUCUUCUACGUGGAGUUGCGAGGCUUCGACACCCACAACGACGUCCGGGAGGUAAUGGAGGAGCUCUUUGACAACCUCAACUUUGCAUUGGAGUACUUCGUGGCAGAGCUUAAGGCACAGGGCAUCUUUGAUGCGACCACACUGGUCACAUCGUCGGAUUUCGGCCGCACACUCACCUCCAACGGCAAGGGCACCGACCAUGGUUGGGCUGGGAACUACGUGGUCCUCGGUGGUGCAGUGAAGGGCGGCCAGGUCUACAAUCGAUUCCCUUCCAGCUUGAUCGAAGGUAACAACCAGGAUGCCGGUCGCGGACGGAUGAUUCCAGAGUAUCCGUGGGAGAACGUCCUCAUGCCCAUUGCUGAGUGGAUGGGCGUGGAAGGCUCGCACCAGCGCGAUGUCUUCCCCAACAUUCAGAAUUUCAAUGCGUCGCACAUCUUGGCUACCAAUGUGCUUUUUGCAGCCUAA